GCAUCACGAUGGCUCUGCAGAAACCUGAGCUCCCAGCACUGACUGCGGCUCCCUAUUUGUGGCAUGUGACUUGUCCCCAGAAACAGGCGCUGCUAUUUUGGCUGGUGGAUAAUCAGCCUCUCAAAAAUAGGCGAUGGCUCCAGGAGGGUGCGUGGGGAGAGAGCGUUCUGGAAGGGACACACCCCUGGACAGGGGAGAAUAAAAUCCGCUGCUCCCCUGCCCCAGCCCAGCACCGAGCAGAGCUGCAGCACAGCCAGGAGCACUCGCUGGGAGCAGAGAUGCUUUGCCGCCUGCACUUUAUGCCGCCCAUGUCCAGCUCGCUGUUCCCGUGGCUGGGACCCGUCCGCACCCUCUGGCCACAUCCAGGCACCCUCUUCGCAGAGCUGGAGCGGGAGAUGCGGCUGGAAAUGGAGAGGGCUCGGGAGUUCAUGAGCAGCGUGGAGCAGUACCUGACCAGUGGGAGCAUCCCCGGGAGGCUCGGCAUCACCACGGACCGCGCGUCCAGCACCAGCGCAGCCCUGACCCAGGGCUCCGGGGACGGCUUCUCUGUCUGCCAGGACGUGAAGGACUUUGCGCCCGAGCAGCUGUCGGUGAAGGUGGUGGGCAGGAAGGUGGUGCUGGUGGGGCAGAAGGAGACGCAGAGCACAGACGAGAAGGGCUCGUUCUCCUACAAGUACGAGGUGCUGAAGCGGGAGUGGGACGUGCCUGAGGAGGUGGAUGCCGAAGCGCUGACCUGCUCCCUGUCCAAGGAUGGGCAGCUCCGCAUCGAGGCCCCCAAGCUGGCACUGCCGGCCGCUCCCGAGAGGAACGUGCCCAUCCAGAUGGGGCCAGCGGUGGCACAGCCAGCUGGCAGCACUGAGGAGGGAGCCGAGAGGGCCAAGGCGUGAAGAGGAGCAACAGGGACCAGGCUGAGCCUGGCUACGGGGGCAGCUGCUGGCCGCAGAGCGGGACCGCGCUGGGACUGCGCGAUGGCCCGGGGGUGGUGUCUGCCCAAACCAUGCGGCUUUUUUGAUAUGUAAUAAAUAUUCUUAACUUUUACUUGUGUGGUUUCGGUGUUUCUGGUCUUGCCCAGCCCUUUGCUUUUGCUCCUGCCCGUGCCCACGCAGCGCGAUGGCAGGGUGGGGAACGGGGCUAUGCUUGCACCGGGCAUGUCCCUGGCACCUGCCCUGGCAGAGGAGGUUGGGCGAGGGGCUCCAGGCCAUGUGCAGCACUGAGAAUCCCCGGGAGCAUCCCCCUGGGUAGCCUUCGGACAAUUGGCUCCCAUCUUUGGGAUGGUGCUGGAAUUCUCCCGUGCGGUGCCCGCGCCCCGCCCCGCCACUGCUGACCCGUUCCAGGCGCUUCCCGCAGCUCCGAGCACCAGCCCGACGCUAAGCCCGCCUCCC